AUGAAGUACAACAUGAGUCACUCUCUGUUUGUUGUAUUGCUCAUCUUGCUGCUGGGCUGCAUCAGUGGGUAUGCACAAGGGAGUCGUUCCGAAGAAAGUAUAAUCAGGACAAUUGGUGGAGAUUCGAAAGAGGUGUAUCAAACAAAGGAAUCCACCGAUGCCAUGAAACUAGAAGAAGAUGUCUCAUAUAGAAAUCAAAAAAUUCAACCAUUUCUUGAAACUGACAGGAACCCAUUCCAUCCAUUUCAUGGUUCUCAUCUUCUGUGGUUGGGGAAUAAGAAACUGGUGACAGUUGCUACUUCUCGUUUGUUACAGUUGUUUGCAGACAAGACGGAAUUCAUCGAUUUUUUUGUAGGAGAAAGCAGUAACAAUGGAGAAAAGUGGGAGGAUAUCAAGAAAAAGAGGUUCAGUUUUUUUUCAUACAGUUACAAUGCUAGUCUCUGGAACCCUAAGGAUUAUGGUACCUCUCAUGAUACGUUUGUUCUUGUGGAAAGCAAGGCCCUUCCAAGUAAAUAUGAUUCCAAAUCUACGCAAACCAAGAUUCAGAAUUCUACUCUUCGCUUUGUAGGUAUGUCUAUUGCUAAUAAUGGAAGCGGAAAGUUUAUGUUGAGCCACACUCCUUUAAAUGUUGCAUUUCCUUUUUAUAAUGGAAAUGAAAUGGUUGUGCGAUUCCUUGCUGACGAGAUUACACCAAUUUUGAGAAUGACAAACUAUGGUUUUGUGUUUCCUGUGCAAUUUCUCACGGCGGACGACAAAUUCAGAUCAUCAGUUAUGGUUGACAACUUCGAACAUGGUGAUUGGAACGUUGGUGGUUUGACUGACGAAGGUACUUAUAAUCCUGCUGUUCUCGAGUGGGAAAAUAAUUUAAUGAUGGUUGCUCAGCAUACCAGCGGCCAUUACAGAGUGUACGAGUCCACUGAUUUGGGAGAUACAUGGACAGAGUCUACCAGUACACUCUCUCGUGUGUGGGCCACCUCCACUAAAACUACUGAGCAUGUAAGUCAAAACAAUUUUAUUACUGCAACUAUUGAUGGAAAAGAUGUCAUUCUUUUUCUGCAGUCCGUGGGAUCUGGAGAAGAGAACAAACUCCAUCUAUGGGUCACUGAUAACACACGUAUUUAUCACGUUGGCUUGAUUGUUGAGAAGAAAAAAGUGAAGAGAAGCACUUUAUUGUUCAAGGGUGACAAACUCUACUGUCUGUAUGAGACUGUUGAAGGGGCAGGUAAGUACAAAGUCUUUUUUGUGGAUCUUACGACUUCAAUGGAGGAGAUCAAGAGGGUGUUAAACAAGUGGAGUAAACAGGACGCGCUCUUGUCUGGUAAAGUGUGUCCAUCAUCUCGUCAGUUGAAAAAUCCUGUUCCCACUGUUGGGUUGGUGGGCUAUUUGUCUGAAAACAGAACUGAGAGUAAAUGGAAUGAUGAAUACCUCGGCGUGAAUGCCGUUGUAAGUGGUACAACAGAGAAAGUUUCUAAUGGUUUGAAGUUCAACGGUGUUGAUGCAGGAGCAAGAUGGCCUGUGAGUAUAAAUGAACUGGCGAAGCAGUAUCACUUUACAAACUAUGCUUUUACUCUUGUGGCGACGGUGACUAUCCACGAGGUACCAAAGAAGGAAAGCAGUCCUUUGUUGGGUGUAAGGUUGGAUAAUAACGAAAAGGGACUUCUUUUUGGAGUAUCAUACAAUAAAGACCAAACGUGGAGCACUAUAAGGAAGGAUGAGGCGGAGAAAUCAACAAUUAAGUUUGAACUUCAGAAAGCAUAUUCAGUGAUAUUGACAUUUAAAGACGGAAAAGGUAUUGUGUACAUCAACGGUAAGCGUAUAAAUAAACUAUAUUACGCAGAAAUUCAAAAUUCCAAAGAGGUAUCACACUUCUACUUUGGUUGGGACGGUAAAAACAAUGACGAGAGAAGCCGCACUAUACCCAAACCCAAGACAAGCAUCGCGGGUGAAGAAAUUGUCCAUAUAACAGUGAAAGACGUUUUGCUGUACAACCGCGCACUGGAUACUGAGGAAAUUGAUGUACUGGUCAAGAACAAGGAGAAUGGUAAUGCUUUGUAG